AUGGACGCUCUUAUCCCACAGAUCGAAGCCCUGGCACGCGACGCCGACGAACAUGGCCGCAAGCAGCUGAUUGAUAAACUUCAUGACCUGGCUAUCUCACUGGAGCAGCCGCAGGACGUCGCACAACGACUGCUGUUCUCUCAAANNUUCCCCCUGGCCGCCUCCCGUAUCAGCUGCGAUCUGAAGCUCUUCGACCUACUCACCAAGACUGGACAACCAACCACCGUUGAUGAACUUGCAAGUAGUACAGGUGUUCAGCCCAAACUUAUGGCUCGAUUGCUUCGCUACAUGGCUUCUGUGCGCCUUGUCCAGGAGGUUGACACCAACACCUUUGCUGCCAACAACGUCACCAAAACUUUCGCAAUUCCAGGAUUUGCGGGUGGUGUUUAUCACAUGUGCGACUACGUAGGACCAGGCCUUAAGGCUUUGCCUGACUUCCUCAAGCGAACCGGCUACAAAGAUCCAGAGUCAGCAAGGGAUACUGCACUCAUGUCUGGUUGGGAUUCUGACCUGCCACUAUUCGCCCAUUUUCAGACUCAGCCUGAGCUGUUUGCACACUUCAAUGCAUACAUGUCUGUACAGCACAUGGACAUGCCAACGUGGCUGGACGUGUAUCCUUACCAAGAAGUUGCGAAGAACACGCCAUCAGGAAAGCCUAUAUUUGUCGACGUUGGCGGAGGUUUCGGGCAUCAGAGUAUUGCACUCAGAGAGAAGGUGCCUGAUGCGCCUGGUCGCAUCAUCUUACAAGACAUCCCCGCCACUCUUCAGCACGCUAUCAGUUAUCCCGGCGUAGAAGUCAUGGAGCAAGACUUCUUCAAGCCUCAGCAGGUUCGCGAGGCGGCUAUAUAUUACAUGCGCCAAGUUAUCCACGACUACCCAGACGAGAAAGCCAUUCAGAUCUUGCGCAAUACCAAAGAUGCUCUCGGUCCUCGUAGUGUUAUCCUCAUUGAUGAUAUGUUUUUGGAGGACAAGGACGUUCAUUGGCAAGCUACAAUGAUCGACCUGACGAUGAUGAUUUGUUGUGCGAGCCGCGAGCGGACUCGAGAGCAAUGGAGUGACCUCAUCUCGAAGGCUGGCCUGAAGGUUUCCAAAGUUUAUACAUACACAGGGAGUCAGCGGGAUAGCAUCAUUGAAUGCAUACCAGUCGAGAGAUCUGUGGAAGGUAGUAAAUAG